CACUGUUCAAAUGGCAGAGAUCAUUUCGGCCUUCCCGCCUCCUCCAAAGGCGUACCUGCAGUACACUGACGAGAACGUUGCUGAAGGCACUGCGCCACAGCCCCCGCCGCCCGUCACUGGCGACUACACCAUGUUCCGAAUGAUGUUCAAGACGGACGCCCCGCUCGUGCCGUCGCUCGAGAGUCUGAACGUGACGCGGCUCUUCCCGCCAGAAGCCAGCCUCGAUCGCAAAAGCGAGCUCAAAAAGCUCAACCGAUCCGUUGUUUUCAACUUUCUGGAGCUGCUCGACACGCUCUGUCGCAAUCCCCCAAUGGUCGCCGACAAGCUCAAAGAUAUCGAGCUGCUGUUUAUCAACAUGUACCAUCUCGUGAAUGAGUUUCGUCCUCACCAGGCUCGAGAAACACUCCGUACCAUGCUGGAAGAGCAGCAAGCUCAGCGAGAAACUGCGGCUGCUGAAAUCGAUCGUUGCAUCAAACAAGUAGAUAGCCUCAUUAGUGACGGCCUUGUUGCAGCCAAGACGCGCGCAGAUGCGUUGGAAGCGGACACGGCACGCUUGCUGCCUGAGAGCUCAACUGCAGUUGCCCCGCAGCGCAAGCGAACCCACUCGGAAUCAGACCGCGAUGGUGCUUCCGUUGACGGGGCAGCAGCAUCCGACUUGACAGCAAACACAGACACCGCUGCCGAAGCUGUCUCUGCGCCCACCGCCAAGCGAAGAGCGCUGGAGGGCUCCGACGGUCCGCAAGUCGUCCAUGAGGCCUCCGACGAUGACAUCGAGUCGCUUGUUCACGCCGCAUUCAUCAAGCGGAUACACUUGCUAAGCGCGCAAGCCGCUUCUUCAUCAUCAUCAUCAUCAUCAUCUUCUUCUUCAACGUCGUCAUAAUUUGCCAGGAAACCAACAAGUUGUCAUAUCAAACAGCGCUUAUUCAUGUAUUCACACGACAGAGUAAAUUUAACUGUACGCUCA